AUGCCUAUCAAACUUCGGGGACGUAGUAAAUUUAAGAACUCUGAGGAUUCUAAUCACAAUGAUGUCGGUAAUAGCGUGGAAAGCGCUAAAACUCCCCAAAAGUCUCGGUCUCUUCGUUGGCGUCUCUUUCCAUUCUCCCGUCGUUCUGUUGAUAAUUCUUCACCUGCUAGUCAACCUGGAGAUAUUUCUUCCUGUGCAUUUGAAAGUGCUGUAUGUUGA